AUGAAUUCACGCGGUCGAGAAUCCUCCCGUCCUCCAACAAUAGUCACAACUGCCACGGAAAAAGAAGCUCGUCGUGUUCUAGAAUGGCAAGAAGAAGUCGCUCGAAGUACAGCUGGUAGUACAACUGCGCCUACUUCCGAUGAAGCAUAUCGUGCUGUAGCUCCAAGUCACGCUUCUCGAGCACCACCUGCUAGAAUCCAGAUUUCACAUGCACCUCAACCUCAGACUUUAGAAAGCCCACCUUUUCGAAGAGCGGAAACCUUUCCUAGAGGUAUGAGGAGGGAUGUUUAUGGUGAACAUAGACAUCCAGGUACCCAAGUUAGUGUGAGGAGGGAUAGGAGUCGAGAUAAUGAACAAACGGUUUACGUAGAUGAAGUGGAACGACAUGAUCAAGAAAAAGAAAAAGAAAAAAAUGGUGGAAUCUUUGGUAUGUCAAAUAAAGCUCUGGUCGGUACUUUUCUCGGCGCGGCUGCUGGCGCUGCUUUCGCAUAUGCAAUGGUCAAGAGCGAGGAUCCAGAAUACGAACUCGAUUCAGAGCAUAAGAAUAUGCCAGGUUUGCGCAGAAGUUACACAACCGGUCACGCAGAAACAAUCGCGAGUAGUAGUCGAGGUGGACCGUCAGGAGAACGCAGAUAUCGGGUCAUUGAAGCGCCCAUGCCACCACCAGCCUCUAGCUACACGCGCAUUCAACGCGACCGCGAACGUGAAAGAGAAGGUGUGCUGAGUCCAAUCGAAGAACGAAGUUACUACAGUUCUAUAUCCCAUACAAAUACAGGCACGAAAAUUCGCACAAGAACUUCGGUCGAGCAAGGAGAGGGUUCAAAUGCUGGAACGGCUAGACCUCCUACUGCCAUUAAUGUUCGCGAUAAACCACAAAGUAUCGCACCAAGUCGAGUCAGCGAAAAAACAAGUACGGUCAAAGCAACAAGUCGUGCCCCAACUUUGAUUUCUCGAGGCCCUACUCAAGCGAAAACUCAAGUCAGCAUACGGGAAUCAGAAUAUGAGUAUGGAUCUUCUCCGGCUCAGGUCUCUUCUGCUGGUAACAGAAGAAGCGGAGGAGCUGAAGAAACGAAAAAAAUCUCUCACACGCAUACCACGAUUAAAUUCUCACCAUCAAAAAUAGCACCUCGAGCUUCUCACCCCAAUGAACGCGAACGCAUUCCGCGCUCAGAAGCCACGUGGGAACGCGACGAUAUAUCCGUUUCAGCCAUCAGCGAACGCACUCGCGCGAGAGAAGUACCGCUUCCUGCGUCCACGGUGAUAAGUGCGCGAUAUGGCGGUGGAUAUAGGGAACAAGGGGCUGGAUAUACGCAUGUGGAUGUGGAGAGGGAUCGUAAGAGUUGUAUUGAGAGGGGCGUGGAUGAGGAUGGGAAGAGUUAUUUUAAUCCGAGGGGGGCGAUGAGUGUGGCGCCUUCGGAUAGUGUAAGUAGUGUGGGGACGAAGAGGGAGAGGAUUGAGAGGUUGAGGGGGAGGUUGGAGAGGGAUUUGAGGGUUUGA